AUGAACUUUGUCCGUGGCUUGUGGGCUGACAUGUCUGUGGAGGAGCAUUUCAGCGUAACCUCAGAGGAUGGUGGGGCUUCACAUGUCAAUCUCUCGGUGGGAUUCUGGGACUCCGCCGCGGAGCAGCACCAGUACAGCAUCUGGCUCCCCGGCGUGGGGAUCGCGGCGGUCUAUGGGAUCAUUAUCGUCGUGGGUCUGGUGGGAAACGUCGCCCUGAUGAAGACCUGCCUGCUGGUGAAGUCCAUGCGCACCGUGCCAAAUCUGUUCCUGUCCAGCCUGGCUCUGGGGGACGUGCUGCUGCUGGUGACCUGCGCCCCGGUGGAUGCCAGCCGCUACCUGGUGGACCAGUGGCUCUUCGGCCGCGUGGGCUGCAAACUGAUCCCGUUCAUCCAGCUGACCUCGGUGGGAGUGUCCGUGUUCACUCUCACUGCGCUCUCCGCUGACCGGUACAAAGCUAUCGUCAAACCGCUGGACAUCCACCGGUCGAGCGCCACGCUGGGCAUCAGCGCGCGUGCGGGGGCCAUCUGGCUGCUGUCGGGGACCCUGGCCGUCCCUGAGGCCGUUUUCUCUGACCUGCACACCUUCACCACCAGCCACACCAACGAGACGUUCGUCACCUGCGCGCCCUUCCCGCACGUCGGGGCGCUGCAUCCCAGGAUCCACUCCACCGCCUCCUUCCUCAUCUUCUACAUCAUCCCUCUGCUCAUCAUCUCCGUGUACUACUGCUUCAUCGCGCGCAGCCUGGUCAGGAGCUCCGCCAACAUCCCGGCAGAGGGUCAGCUGCACCUCCACAAACAGGUCAAGUCCAGGAAGCGCCUGGCCAAAACGGUCCUGGUGUUUGUGGGCCUGUUUGCCGUCUGCUGGCUCCCCAGUCACGUGAUCUACCUGUACCGCUCCUACCACUACGGCCAGGUGGACACGUCGCUGGGCCACUUCGUCGCCAGCGUGUGCGCCCGCGUCCUGGCCUUCACCAACUCCUGCGUCAACCCCUUCGCCCUGUACCUGAUGAGCAAGAGCUUCAGCAAGCACUUCAGGAAGCAGCUGCUGUGCUGCAGCUCGCCCGGCUCGCGUCUGCACAGCCAGAACAGCGGCAGCACCAACGUAACCACCGCCUGA